AAAGUAAUAUAUAAAUGAUUUAUUAAUGCAUUAAAUUAAACUUGGAGGGAAGCACGCAACAGUUAAUUCAUUCACAGUAGUAUAUAUAUCUAAACAUUGCCGAUGAAGACUACCUUAGUGCGCAGGUUAAAACCGCUUCUCUCCCCACUCUCCACCCACCGGUGCCAACUUUAAUCCCAAUUUUCCGAUAAUCCAAAACCCUACCCCAAAAGUACAAUCAAUUUUCUCCGAUUUUGUUUCGUUCUUCUGUAUAUUUCUGUAAAUUAUCAGUUUUUUUUUUGCCCGAUCGAUGAGAGGCAAGGAAAAUGUCAAAGGUGAAACACUUUUUGCGGAAGCUUCAUAUUGGCGACCACCACCAUGGGCGCCCGCCGGCAGUCGAUCCCGAACCUCCGGCACCGCCGCCCCAGCCAUUGACCUCCACUUCUCCGCCGCCGGAUUUGCCGGAAACGGCGGUUUCAUCGGGGAACGAGAGUUCGAAUGAUGCUAGCAAUUUCAAUUUCAUCGAGGAGGAGUUUCAAAUGCAAUUGGCGCUGGCAAUUAGCGUUUCGGAUCCGGGUCAAAAUUACGUUGACUCGGAAACAGCUCAGAUCAAUGCUGCCAAGCAGAUUAGCCUCGGCUGCUCGCCUUCUCAAAACCUUGCCGAAUUUUUGUCGUUCCGAUAUUCGAGCUAUAAUGUUGUAAAUUAUGAUGAGAAAGUAAUUGACGGGUUCUUUGAUGUUUGUGGAAUAGACUCAAAUCAGCUGGUCCAAACAAAAAUGCCAUCACUAACAGAACUUGAGGCAAUUUCUGCCUUGGACAGUACUGAUUGUGAGGUUGUUUUAGUCAAUCGUUCAGUUGAUGUGCAACUCCAGCAACUAGAGGAAAAAGUUUACUUUAUGUACAUGGAAUGCCACACUUUGGGAACAGCCGUUAAUACGAGUUUUCUAGUUCAAAAAAUUGCUAACCUUAUUGUUGAAAGAAUGGGAGGUCCUGUUAGUGAUGUCGAAGAAAUGUUUAGGAGGUGGAGGGCAAGGAAUCUGGAGCUGAGAAUAUAUCUGAAUACAAUCGCUCUUCCCCUUGGCUUUCUCGAUAUUGGGCAUUCGCGCCACCGGGCCCUACUCUUUAAGGUACUUGCAGACAGGAUCAACCUUCCGUGUAAGCUAGUCAAAGGGAGUUAUUACACUGGCACCGACGAAGGAGCUGUGAACUUGGUUAAAUUGGAUGAUGGAAGUGAGUACAUUAUUGAUCUAAUGGGUUCUCCUGGCACACUUAUUCCUGCCGAGGCACCAAGUGGUGGUCAUCAUCAAAAUUCUGGGGUUGAUGCAAAGAGUAUUGCUACUGUUGCAGGGAGUGAAAAAAAUUCAUGUACAAGCCAAGGAGCUAGAAAUAGAUUAUUUUUUCCUAGUGAAACUUCCAAUUCAAGUUCAGAAUCGUCUUCCAUUGCCAACAACUCAAAUAGAAAAGUCAGGAGAAUAACAGGGAACAUCCAGACAGAAUUAUCGGAGCAUGAAGUCAGUGAUCUUUACCUUCCAUCAACUGGCAAGGAAAAAUCAACUCGAUGGAACUCACAUAUUGAAGAUGCUUCCAAUUAUGCUACUAGGGCUGCCAAGGAACCAGAAUUUGCUAGAGAACUCGACAUUAUUUCUUUGGAGAACUGUGCAGUUGAUCUGGGCCAUGCAGAUAUGUACUUGUCUAAUGAGCACUCACUUGUCCCCGUUACUGGAUUGCAGUUAUCGUGUAGCAGUAGCAGAAAGCGUUCAGCUGAUGGAUUGGGAGCACAUCUGUUUAAACUGGAGUUGGAAGGACAUAAAUCGUCUUUCAGCAUUCCAGGAAAAGAAAAUGCCCUAGGCAACGAUAGAAAUGAUGAAGUGAUCUCAAAUGGCCAAACAGCUGUUGGCAGAGCACUUGUUGAAUUUUCUCAGAAUACAGAAGCUACUCUAAUGUCCUGCACUGACAAGUAUAACGCUAGUAAGAUUCACAAUCCUGUGUUGAAUGGAGUUGCCGAAAUUUUAUGGGAGGAUCUUCAAAUUGGCGAACGCAUUGGUAUAGGGUCAUACGGUGAGGUCUACCGAGCAGAAUGGAAUGGCACGGAAGUUGCAGUAAAGAAGUUUAUGAAACAAGAUAUCUCGGACAACGCACUUGCACAGUUUAAGUGUGAGGUUGAAAUCAUGCUAAGGUUAAGACAUCCAAAUGUUGUUCUUUUCAUGGGCGCAGUGACCUGCCCCCCAAAUAUGUCCAUACUGACAGAAUUUCUUCCCAGGGGUAGUUUAUAUAAACUGCUGCAUCGUCCAAAUAUCCAACUAGAUGAAAAACUACGAAUAAAAAUGGCCCUUGAUGUGGUAAGGGGGAUGAAUUAUUUGCAUAGUAGCCAUCCUAUCAUUGUGCAUCGAGAUCUGAAGACUCUGAAUCUCCUUGUUGAUAAAAAUUGGGUUGUUAAGGUUUGUGAUUUUGGAAUGUCACGUUUGCAGCACCAUACUUUUCUAUCUUCGAAGUCUGCUGCUGGAACGGCCGAGUGGAUGGCCCCAGAGGUUUUAAGAAGUGAACCAUCCAAUGAGAAAUCUGAUGUAUAUAGUUUCGGAGUGAUACUGUGGGAGCUGGCAACUCUGCAAGUACCAUGGACAGAAAUGAACUCAAUGCAGGUCGUUGGAGCUGUUGGAUUCCAGAAUAGACGCCUCGAAAUACCACCCAUCGUUGAUCCAUUGGUCUCAAAUUUAAUUAGUGACUGUUGGAAUACGGACCCACAGGCACGGCCGUCUUUUGCGCAGAUAAUUACACGUCUCAAGUGCCUACACUGCCUCACUGUGAAUAGUACAUAGAGCUGUAAAAAUGAGCAGCCAUUGGUGAGCGAGUGAGUUAGAUUAUUGAGUAAGUAGAGCAAAAGUUGAAAGAGAGUUUGAAAUUUUAUUUACUACUACUACACAAGGAAGGUUAGGUUAUAUUGGAUUGGCAAGUUUUGGUUCAUUCAAAGUGGGAACUCAAUGCACAGCCAAUUCAGUACCUCAUUAGUAAAUUAUUAUUAUAUAUUAUAUAUUA